AUGAAACUACGUCUGCCAACAAAUCGUGUGUGCUGUGAGCGCUGCUUUAACGUGCUGCCAAAAUUUAUACCGCAACUCAACCCAUUGACAGAUCCAGUUGUGUUAGAAAUUGCAAAGGCACAUGACAAGACGUCUGCUCAAGUUCUCCUCAGACAUUUGUUGCAGAAAAAUUUCGCAGUUAUUCCGAAAAGCUCAAAUCCUGAGCGAAUAAAACAAAACUUCCAGGUGUUCGACUUUGAACUAUCAAAGAAAGAAAUGGGUGAUUUGGAUGCUUUAGAUAGUGCAAACGACGGAAGGCUGUUCAAGUCAACCCUUUUCUCUGGAGCUGAUAAACAUCCAGAAUGCCCCUAUUAAUGCAUACAUGAAACUACGUCUGCCAACAAAGUCAGUCAAAUUGAUCUUCCAAAAAGUUAAUCAUCAUCCUCAUCUCAAGACAAGAAUGUCAAACAUUCAUUGGUUAUGAAUUUAAUGUUAUAUAAUAUGUUUGAAAAUAUUUUUAUAAAUGACAUGAUGUGUUAAUUGAUUAACUUGGUUCACAUGUAUGUAUUAGAGAUAAUAUAUAUU